CGGGGCUUGUCAAUCAGGGCGCGCGCGCGCGCACAAUCUUCCUCCCUCCCUCCCUGAUUUGCCCUCUCCAAGAUUCGGCCCGGAGGCAGCGGAGGAAGGGUGUCCCUUCCGAGGGCCCGUAGUGGGGUGGAAGGAGGGCGUCCCUGAGGGUUCUGGAGCAGUAAAGAUGGCGGCGCCCAGGGCGGCGGGAAGUCUCUGAGGAGAAAGGUGUUGCUAGCAGAUAAUCUUUUUUUUGAACCUGUUGGUUAUUAAAAGGGAGGAUGCUGAGGAAUCUGACGAGACUCAUUUGUCGGAGGCACAAGUGGGGUCUCGAUCGCUGUCUUCACGCCACCACUUCCAGCAUCUGGCAGAGCAACACGGUGGCAAAUGAGGGCGCUCAGCUUCCGCCAGAAAAGCCUAGAUCCAUCUGCCGUACUGCUGAGAAUGACCCGGCCAACCACACAGAAGACGUUGUGGGCCAAUAUUACACCAUUCCCCUGGAGGAGGUGGCUGCGGUCUUUCCUCACGGGCUGCCGACACGUUUCAAGUUACAGGUGACGACUCUCAAGGAAGCCUCUUUUAUGGUGCGGAAGCCAGCUCUGGAGCUUAUUAACUACUUAAAGCACACCAACUUCGCUCACCCAGCCAUUCGAUACAUCAUAUACGGCGAACAGUUGACGGGGAAGACCAUGACCCUCUGCCACGCCGUCCAUUACUGCGCAAGGCAGAACUGGCUAAUCCUCCAUAUUCCAGAUGUUUUCCUCUGGAUGAAGAACUGCAAGCAGGUGCUACCCUCUACUUACAAGGCCCAGCGCUUCGAUCAACCCCUGGAAGCCUCAGCCUGGCUGAAGAACUUCAAAAUUACCAACCAGCGCUUCUUGAACGAGAUCAAAACGAAACAGAAGUACGUGUGGAACAAGCGGGAGAGCACGGAAGAAGGCCGCCCACUUGGCGAGGUCAUUGACCAGGGUUUGAUUCGGAUCCGGAACGCCACUGACGUCGUCGGCGUGGUCUUUAAAGAGCUGAAGCAGCAAUGUCAGCAGGGAACCUUCAAGCUGCUGGUGGCCGUGGACGGGGUCAACGGCCUUUGGGGCAGGACGGCAGUGAGGAAGCCAGACAAGACCAAUGCCGACUCGGAGGAGCUGGCGCUGCUCCACAACCUGCGUAAGAUGGUCGCCAACGACUGGACCGGAGGGGCCAUCGUGACUACGGUUACCCAGACAGGGGCUCCAUACACAGCCCGCAGAAUGUACCUGCCUUACGAUUUGCUGGGAAAGGAGGGUUUCGAGGCCUUCGCCCCCUUUGUUCCCAUCCAGGUUUUCGACUACAGUGACCGGGAGUUUGAAGGAUGCUACCAGUACUAUCUGGAGAACAAGUGGCUUCAGCAUGAGAAAGCCGGCACCACAGAAGGCAGGCUGGAGCUUCGGUUUCUUAGCGGACGCAACCCGGGACUCUUUGAACGGAUCAGCGCCUCCUUCUGAAGUCAUUCUCUCCUCCCCUCCCCACUGAGUCAGCCUGCUGCAGAAAAAUCCCUCUUUGUUAAUCAUCAUAAUAAAUGCACACGUCCACCUCUGAUU